AUGUACAAAGAAAACGUGAAAAAUUACCGCGAUUACAAAUACGAGAAAAUCGUUACAGAUUCCGCAGAUCCCGUGGGUAGCAGUAAUACAUUUAUUCAGUUGGGCGAGCGCGCCGGUGGUUGCUGCUGGGAGAUUUUCGAAAAAGCCGGGCAGUUUUUGCGAGCGAUGCCUGAGAACAACGCGAAUCCGAGAGCCGCCAAUGGCAGCUCGAAUUUGGAAAUUGCACAAAGCAAUCAGGAUCUCAUAAUAUCUAAAGGAAGAACAAAAAAGCGAAAAUGGAUAAUAACUGGCGUUAUAGUCGCGAUCGCCGUGGGUUUAGUAAUUGCGGCCAUUAUUUUGUUAACUAAAGGAGGUGAGAAGAACAACCCGGAACAACCAGUAGCGGAGUCUUUAACGUUUGAAGAUUAUCUCAGCGGAAAAUUCGGGCCGAAGUAUUUCAAUGCCAGCUGGGCAGCAGAUAGCGAUUUAAUUUACGGAUCAAAUGGCGAUAUUGUGAUGUUAGAUGUUGCAACUGGUUCUUCUAAAGUGCUCAUCAAUAGAACGGAUAUUAUACUUGCGAGCGCAAUAGAUUUUCAAUUAUCCGCCGAUAAAUUAUAUUUGCUGGUAGCUUAUAAUUAUCAAAAGAUAUUCCGAUACAGCUACGUUGCUUAUUAUCUGAUAAUCGACCUUACUACAGGUAAAAAGACUGCUCUAUUACCAGGGGGGAAGCAGCAGGCGCAAUUAGUAAUUUGGGCACCAGUGGGAAACGCUUUGGCUAUCGUUACCGAAAACAACAUUUUUUACAAAAAAUCCGUUAACGAUCCCGAAAUAGCCAUUACUAACACAACAGGAUACGUUUCGAACGGAGUUCCUGACUGGGUGUACGAAGAGGAAGUUUUGAGUUCGAACAAAGCUUUGUGGUUUUCGCCUGAUGGCAAAAAACUGGCUUACGGUCGAUACAACGAUACGGAUGUUCCUCUGAUGGUUCUGCCUAUUUACGGUGAACCGGGUAGCUUGACUUAUCAAUAUCCCAGAGCAAGCGUUAUAAAAUAUCCCAAGUCAGGCGAAACAAAUCCAACAGUUUCUUUGCAUUACGUGGACCUAGCAGCACCGACUGAAGAAUACGAACUCAAAGUCCCCGUUGAUUUUAACGAGGAAGAAAUUUUAUCUACCACGGCUUGGGCAAAUAACGACAUUCUCACCGUUACCUGGUUGAACAGAGUCCAAAAUCAAGGUGUCAUCACUUCCUAUAACACUUCGAACAAUCCCGCUACAACAAUAAUCGUGAAACAAUUAGUUGUUACGAACGGUUGGUUAGACCUUUUCACACCACCGAUAUUCUCUGAAGAUGGCUCAGAAAUGUUACUGAUACUAUCGCAAGACCAAGGCGCUUCAGCUGGAGGAUACAGACACAUUGCCUUGCUGAACACCACUAUCGCAGACUCACCACAAAGGGCAAUUACCAGCGGAAAGUUUGUUGUAACGAGUAUUUUGGGCUGGAACCAUAAUAAUAACACCAUUUACUACCUAGCAAACACAGAAUCGGAUUCGGCUGUUCAACACUUGUACUCCACAUCUUUAGAAGGCGAUCAAAUUAACUGUCUUUCGUGCAAGGUUAAAUCUCGUUACAACACCUCAAUGGAAUGUUCUUACAACUCGGCGGAAUUCAGCCAAAGCAUGGACUAUUACAGUCUAACUUGCGCCGGUCCGGACGUACCACACGCGUCUGUAUACGAUAAAAACGGCACAAAAAUCCUCGAUUGGACCGAAAACAACGCUCUGGCGGCGUAUUUGUCGAAGAAAACGCCACCGGUCAUAAAGAAAUUAUCCUACGACAUCGCCGACGGCUUCAAGGCCAACGUGCAGCUGAGGCUCCCGCCUAACAUGGAUUAUUCGGGAGACACCAAGUACCCCAUGCUGGUGAACGUUUACGGCGGUCCGGAUUCCUACAAAGUCAUCGAUAAGUUCGUGUUGGAUUGGGGAAGCUACCUAACAGCGAAUAAAAGCAUUAUUUACGCGACCAUCGACGGCAGAGGAUCGGGUCUCAGGGGGGACAAAUUGAUGUUUUCCGGUUAUCGGAAUUUAGGUACCGUGGAAAUCGUUGAUCAGAUAAAUGUUACCAGAUUGAUCCAGGAAUCGUUGCCUUACGUUGACUCGUCCAAAACGGCCAUUUGGGGUUGGAGUUACGGAGGGUACGCUUCUGGCAUGGCUUUAGCCGAUGAUACUGAAGGGGUUUUUAAGUGCGGAAUAUCAGUGGCGCCCGUUACGGAUUGGGCUCUGUACGAUUCGAUUUAUACGGAAAGAUUCAUGGGGCUUCCGACUUUGAUGGACAAUCUAGAAGGUUAUGAAAGGGCGCAAUUGUUGAAAAAACCUGAAGGAUUGAGAAAUAAAGAGUACUUCCUCAUUCACGGUACUCUCGAUGAUAAUGUGCAUUAUCAGCAAUCGAUGAUGUGGUCAAAAGUGCUGGAACAGAACGAUAUUUUAUUCAGACAGCUGAGUUAUCCCGAUGAGAACCACAAUCUUGGGUCAGUAUUUCGACACCUUUACCACUCGUUAGAAGACUUUCUGGACGAUUGUUUCGAUAAAAAGAAGUGAGAUUUGGAAGUCAAAAGUGCUUACUUUACCAACGACUGCGACUUUAUUUUUUUAACUAGUCACGAAUAAAACAAAGUAAUAAAAUGCGUGAGAUUGCAUCGAUUAUUCCAAACCACUGAUCUCGUGUUAUAUUUUAUAAUUGUGUACCGAUUUUGAGAAAUUGUGUGUGGCGAUAUUUGUUGGAGCAGGAGUUUGGGAUAAUAUAUGCAUUUUGUAUAAGUAAAAUAAAACGUAUUUGUGAUUCCUGAAAGGUAUAUCUUAAAAGUGAUGCUACAAAACAGUAUUUAACAGAAUUGUAUCUAAACAAAAUAAUCUUUUGUAUCUGUGUAACGAGUUAUAAGCAAAUUUUAAAGUUUAAUUCAAAUGAAUAGAUUUUUUGAGAACAAAAGCAUAUAUUUUCCUGCAUUUUGUGCCAUCCAAUUGCUGUAAUUUUAUAUAUUUGUUAAAAAUGUUUAAUGUUUAAAAGAAAUGACUAUUUUAAAACUUGAUUUGUCCUAUUUGCAUCUUGAUUGAAAACAAAUUAGUUAUUUUUAUUCAACAUGCUCUUAUUAAGUUGAUUGUGAAGCAAAUUAAAAAAUUGCUCUUAAGUACCCA